ACAAAAUAAAAGCCCUAAACAGUUCAGAUCUACAAAGCAGACACCAGCGCGUCAUUGUUGAAGGCACAUGAAACACGAGUUAAUCUUAUCCUAAAAGUCGCACUCAUCCAUGCCUACUUCAGGUAACUCUCUUCUUUCUUCUUUUAAUCGCACUAUUUUUUGUUGAUAUAUACACACAUUCAAUACAUAUAUGUACAUGUAAUUGUUGAUGUAUCAAACUAUCACAAGAAAUCAACUGGUGAUUGUUCGUUUUCAUAUGAACAAUCAAACCCAAGUUUCUAAAUUUCAAGAUUCUGCUGUUUCUUUCUGUGUCAAGAAUUGGGCCCCUUAAGUUGUUGUUUGCCUUUAAAGUGUUUGUUGAAUUGUUUGAGAGAUGGGUGAGAAGUUUUGGUUGAAUGAAGAAGACAAGGGUAUGGUGGUAACUGUGUUGGGCACUGAAGCCUUUAAUUUCUUAGUUGCUUCGGCCUCCGGCAAUGUGUUGUCAGAGUUCGCAUCAUCGGCUGGGGAUUUGGGUGUGCAGCAGAGGCUGUGUAAGAUUGUUGAUGGGUCCAAUUGGACUUAUGCCAUUUUAUGGCAGGUCGCGAAAUCAAAAUCGGGCAAUUCAGCCUUGAUUUGGGGUGAUGGGCAUUGCAGAGAGCCCAAGGGGAGUGAGGUUGAGGAUGGGAAUGGUUCCGGGGAUCGGAAAUUGGAGGCUGGAGAUGGGAGAAAGAGGGUUUUGCAAAAGCUCCACGCCUGUUUUGGAGGGUCAGAGGAAGAUAAUUAUGUGGGGAAUUUGGAUUCAGUUUCAGAUGUGGAGUUGUUCUAUCUCACAUCAAUGUAUUAUUCAUUCCCAUUUGACAAGCCCUCUAGUCCUUCUCAAUCAUUCAAUACUGGUAGAGUGAUUUGGGUUUCGGAUACCAAGGGUUGUUCAGAACAUUACCAAUCGAGGUCAUAUUUAGCAAAAUUGGCUCGAUUUGAGACGGUGGUUUUUGUGCCAUUAAAAUCAGGGGUAGUGGAGAUUGGUUCUGUUAAGUCAGUUCCUGAAGAACAAAGUUUGAUUCAAAUGGUGAAAACUACAUUUGGGGGAUCUCUGUUACAGGCAAAGGUGUCGUUGCCAAAGAUAUUUGGGCGUGAACUUAGUCUUGGUGGUGCAAAGUCGCAUCCUAUGACUAUAAGUUUUUCACCUAAAGUGGAAGACGAUUUGGGAUUUCCUUCAGAGUCUUAUGAGUUGCGGGCAGUGGGCACUAAUCAAGUUUAUGGGAACUCUUCUAAUGGGUGUCGAAGCGAUGAUGGCGAGGCCAAAUUGUUUCCUCAUAUGAACGGAGAACAGGCUGAAGAAGACUUGUUGAUUCAUCCCGAUGAGAGAAAAGCAAGAAAACGGGGGAGAAAGCCUGCCAAUGGGAGAGAGGAACCUUUGAAUCACGUUGAAGCAGAGCGGCAGAGGCGAGAGAAGCUUAACCAACGGUUUUAUGCAUUAAGAGCUGUUGUUCCUAACAUCUCCAAGAUGGACAAGGCUUCUCUGCUCGGUGAUGCCAUUACAUACAUCACUGACCUUCAGAGGAAAAUAAGGAUCUUAGAAGCUGAAAAGGAUGUGGGUAACAAUAAGCAAAAGCAAUGUACUGUCUCGGAAAUUGAUUUUCAGGCAAGGCACGAAGAUGCAGUUGUACGAGUGAGCUGUCCAUUGGAUACUCACCCAGUUUCUAGGGUUAUACAGACAUUUAGGGAGCAUCAAGUUAUAGCACAAGAGUCUAAAGUUUCAACUACAGAUAAUGGAGAGAUUGUUCAUACAUUCUCGAUCAGAACUCAAAGUGGUGCUGCGGAGCAUUUGAAGGAGAAGUUGGUUGCCGCUCUUGCGAGAUGAUCCAGCUUUGAAGUUGUAUCUGUAAGAUUAGUAUCAAGGAGGAGGAGGCACGGCAUGACCGGCGAAGCCUUUUUCGCUUAUCGUGCUUGCAGGGAUGUGAGUCCAUCUGGUCUUGAAGGGGGGACAAAAUCCCUUGCUAGAGACAGUAAUAGAAGAUUUUCAUUUUUCAUCCACUCUUUAUCCAAAACUCUACAAGCUUCAUGUGGUUUAAUGCAUAGAAGAAAAACUAGUGCUAGAAUGGCCAAGACAAUGUUUGGAGGUCUCAUAUGAUUAGGCAAACAAAGGGUUGAUAGAACAAUGUAUAUGAAGAAUGGGUGCAAAGUGGGGGGUUAUUUAUAUCUGCAACAAUUAACCCAUCAGCUGGUAUUAUUUGAAUAUUUUUGGUGUUUACCAUCUGAUGUAAGGGUUUUUGAAUAUUGAUUAUUGACUGGUAGGAGUAUUUGAUUAGGAUUUAGAAAUUGAAUACGUCCUAAAUGAAGAAAAUAUGUCUUAAUUUGCAUCUAAAAA